AUGGAAUUAAACACCGGAAUUUGUGUACAACGGGCAAUAACGGAGAAGGAGGCUAAGAAGAAAUGGGAAAUCUCCCUAGCCGAGAGAGAUGAAGAAUAUGAGACCAAGAAUAAAGAGGCAAAGAGAGCAGUGGCAAUAGCUAAGAGCAGGACUUACGAUCAGGUGUAUGAAGAUCUAGACAGCAAGGAAGGACAGGGAAAGUAUUUCUCUAAAUUACUGAACGAGGAAAAUGAACGGCUGAUCAGAGGUGAUGGUGACGCUAACCAGGGUGCAGUCUUGGAAAUAGCAAGGAUAGAGGUGCAACAGGCGCUGAAGAAGAUGAAAAACGGGAAAGCCACGGGGCCAGACGGCAUUCCCAUAGAAGCCUGGAAAGCGAUGGGAGAGGAAGGCAUUGACGUAAUAUGGAUGCUGAUGGGGAAAGAGAUGGAUGAGGAGAAUUAUAGAGGCAUAAAACUAAUGUCACAUACUUUGAAACUAUUAGAAAGAAUAAUAGAUGACCGAAUAAGACAGGAAGCGUUUAUUAGAAGACAACAACUGGGCUUCAUGAAAGGAGUAGGAACGGUGAACGGGAUAUUCUGCCUUAGACAAACAAUGGAAAAGUAUCGAGAAAAGCAAAAAAUGUUACACAUGUUGUUUAUAGACCUAGAGAAAGCUUAUGAUAGAGUGCCGAGACAGGAAGUGUGA